GCCUCCACCUUGACAGGCGCGGGCUUGGGCGUCGUCUCCACCUCCAUGGGUUCCUCCUGCUGCGGCUCUGCGGCCUCCAGCGCCUUCUGCUUGUGCUGCAGCAGCUGCUCCAGGUCGCGGCGGUUGCCGGCCGUCUUGGUCUGCGCCAGCAGCGUCUGCAGCUCGGCGACUUCUGCCGCCAGGUCCGACGCGUUGCCUGCUGCCAUUUCUGCGCCUUGUGCGAUCCAAAUUGAGAAGUGACGUCGGCUGAAAGGCUUCACAGUUUUUGGGCGGAAUAUUCUCGAUCGGACUAUUUCUGACUUGCUUUCAGUAUGUCUUGCUUCAAUUAAAACGACCCCAUUUAAGUUCAUUCGAGCCGGCGCGAAAGGAUGGAGGGAAGCGCGCGCGCUGCGGGGGCCUCAGGGGCCGCGCCGCCGGCCUCUGCGACUUCUGCGGGAGCGGAGACGUCCGUACAAGCGUCCGGCAUCGAGCAGCUCUUCGCGCAGCCCUCGGCGGCUUCUGUACAGGGCGCACAAGCGGCGUCUUCCUCGUCUCAUCAGCCGACCUCCAGCGGAUCUGCUGCCGUCGCCGCGGCGCCCCAAGCGCAGCAGAAGGCGCAAGACUCGCCCAUGACACCAGAGACGGCCUCGUCAGGCAGCGACGCAGCGCCGACGCCCACAGAGAGCGAGAAAGGCGGCAACACAGAGCGGAACGGACCGAUUUCGGUCGCUAGUGGAGGCCAGAACGGCGUGGCAGCGCGACAGGCGACAGGCGGAGGCGCUGCUGUUGCUGCACCUGUAGGGCAGCAGGAUCCAGCGCCUGACAAGAAGAUAAAGCGCUGGUUCGAGGUCAUCCCGAUGGUGCUGCAGAACUUCAAGAGCCAUGAUCGAGAGCAGAUCAAACGUAAAGUGUUCUGGAGAGGUGCAAGUUGCACUGUAUGACCGUUAACGACUUUGGUGUGUUUGAAUGUGUAGAGCUGACGAUGCCGAGGUGUUCGGUCUGUACUCGAUGCAAGCGAAAUACGAAGGCGGAGAUUAAGUGUCGACAGGAAGGCUGUGUCCUGCUGGACCAGCCGUUGUGUUCGUCUUGCUGGAAGUCCACGCACAAGGAAGAGGGCAAGGAGCAUCGGCAACUCCCUGCGUCGAGUGAGUUUAUGGAGAAUAUUUUUGUUGUUGCUGUUAGUCAAGAGUCCUCAUUUUUUUUAUUUUUUUGUGGCAGUUUGUCCGCAGUGCCACCUGGAGCGCAUUGCGUACUGGUGUGCGGGGUGCGAUCUGAAGUUUUGCGGAGCCUGCUUUGACCAGAUUCAUAGUGUGGAGAAGGUUAAACACCACCGCAAGCUUGCCACGGAAGGUCCGUAAUGCUGUGCAGUACCCCCGAACGUUGAUUUACAUAGGACUAACCUCGAGCAAUUUUCUCAUUCACAGAUGCUCCCGGAACCUGCUUGGCAAAAUCGGAUUGGUCGACACCGUUCCAGAACGCAAUCAUGCAAUUAAUUACGGCGCGAAAACACCCAGCUUCAAGCCCUGAUACUUCUGAAAGAGAAGCUACUGGUGGAAAGCGGAAGCGCGAUGUGGAGGUGAUUGUAAUUGACGACGACGAUGACGACGAUACGGUUAGUGCAAGAACUGCUUCUAAUGGAAAUUCCGAGGCGCGGAUUGAUGGCGGUGGCGCUGCAACUAUUCAGAAUGGCAACGAUACUGGAAGCGGUGGAAUUGAGCAAGUGCUUACUCGUCCCAGUGAAGUAUUCGCGCAACUGGACGUGCCACUCCAAGUUGCACCUGCUCAGCCUUCAGUUGCUCAGCACUCGAUGAUUGAGCCUAUUCCGUUCCCUCCAGGGCUAUCAGAAGCAGCACCGUCGCCUGCUGUGCAAGCCAGCUUGCCAUACAACUCGUCAUCAAUGCUGAACGGGAGCAACUCAGUUAACAUAAGCACCAGCGUGAGCAAUAUGCAGUGGAACACCAGCGUACCUCAGUUCGCCGCAUCAGCGUCGUCAAUGGGGUCUUCAACCGGAAGUAUGGGCUACGUGACGAGUACCGCAAGCAAUGGUAUGAUGGAGAUAGUAUCAAGCUCCCCAGCUACUUCUAUGAACUCAGCUAACGGAGUGUGGUCAACAACUUCUGCCAUUAGCACAGAUUUGGCCAGCACGUCCAACCCGACCAAUCUACUGCCGCUUGGCGGCGCUGUCUUCGCGGAGAACGCGCUGGUCGACUCAUUAGUGGACCGCUAUCACGAGGUGAACCAAACCGUGACUAAUUUGGAGCUACAGACUGAGCAAUUGACCAGGCAGAUCGCCGUCGCAACAUGUCAAGGGCCAUUCGCGGCAGGGAACUUGAUGGCCAGGCUCACCAGUCUGCAGCCUGUACUGACGUCAGAGCGGAAUCGGCGCGAUAAUUUGUUUAUCGCAAUGAUUAUCCAGUCCCACGACAUCAUGGCUGCUGUGCGUCUUCUGCGUCUGACUGAGCUGGGCGAUGUGCCGCAGGUGCCCAUGAUCAGCCACCGUAAGUGUCUGCAGAUAUCCAACGAGAUCAACCAGCACAAGAAGAAGCUGAUUGAGCUGAACCAGCAGCUCAGUGAGACGCUGACACAGUCCAGCGCUGUUGGCUCGAGCUGGGAAACUACAGUGAUCCGAACAACGAGCGCCAACAUCCAGAUGCACGAGAAGAGUAUCAUGAAGCUUAAGAAGGAGCGCGAGGUUGAGAUCGUGCGGGUUGUGCAGUUCAGUCGCAAUAUUCGCGAGUCUCUGAAGAGAACGUUCCAACGCUCAGUGGAGAUACUACGCCAACAGCAGCAGCAGCAGCAACAGCAACAGCAACAGCAACAGUAGGAGCAAUUUCGGCAAUAUGGAUAGUUUUUUAGGCCGAAGAAGGCUCCUCAAGUGGCGCGUUGACUUGGUGAUCAUCGGAGACGGAGCCUGAAUGCGAUUGCAGCGGAGACAGAGAGAAAAUGUAGGCAAAGAUGAUUAUUUAACAGCAGUGAAUGCAGAUCCAGUAGCUGUGUCAACCAUGUCGAUAAACGAGAAAGCCGAUCUGACCCAGGAAGAAGUACAGCAUCCUACGGACGAUGAUGGGAAGGUGAAUGUAAACGUUCCUCGACAUUGGCAAUAGUACUGUGUUCGUAUACUUACUUUUUGACUUCAUGCGAGACGAAGGAGCCAAAGGACUUGCCCACGAUGACGUGCCACGCGCCUUCCUGCGACUCCUCGAUCUCGUGCUUGAUCUGCUGAGCGACUUCUGUGAAGUGGUUCUUCUCGCCCUUGUACAGAGCUUUCAGCGCGUUGGUGGCGCUGGAGAGGAUGAGCUCUUCCAGCUCCUUGGACGUGUCUUGGUACACGAUACGCAGCCCACCCACAGACACGUCGUCCUUCUUCUGAGCCUUCGACAUGCUUUGGAUUCGUGUGCUAAGUUGUAGCGAAUCUUUUCGGUCGAAAGUGGUGACCGACCGUUGACGCUUCCAGCUAAAUCAAGGAAAGCUGCGAUUGUUUUGGUCGAAGAUCGUCAUUGUGUUACUCGCCGAGUUGGCACCAUGACGAGGUCGAGGGACAUCGUCGAGCGCUUGGUGCAGCAAACUGUGCGCAAUGUGCUCUUUCGCGAGUCUUCUCCAUCGAGGAUCCAAGAAGCAGUCGCUGAAUCAGUUGUCACGGCGAUUGGCUCAAGUACCAAUAACAUUCCAACGGAAGUUCGCCCAGGAUCGCUGCUUCAUGAACUCGUACGCUUGAGCGAGAAAGGCACCGACAACCCAGCGGAAGAAGACGACGAAGACAACAAUGCUGACAAAGCCCGUCACGGGUUGUGGAUCACGGACUGCAUGAGCUGGCCCAUUGAGCGUCUCAAAGCUGAAAAGGCCGAGCUCAAGCGCUACCUGAACAGACAGCGUCGCAUUACCUGUCUGAAGACACCAGAACCCAGCACGCGAGCCUCAAUCAUCCACGAGACGUACGCGAUCCUGAAGCUUUUCCUCCUUGAAAGGGACCCCGACUACCGUCAAUGUCUGCAACAAGCCAUGGGAGGCAACAACUCGUUCCUCACAUCGCUGCAUAUGCUGCUCACGCUGUACGCGACCUACUUUGAGCGUGCUCACGGAAAACAGGUACGAUAGACUGUAAUCUCUGUACGUAUAACUUCAUCGUCUCUUACUCUCUUUUACGACUGGCAUCUAACGUUGCAGAUCUCCACGAGAGCCGAUGUGAAGCCGAUCGAGUCGCUCUAUGAGUUCUUCCUCGCUCACCACCGCGCGCCAAAGUCGCAGCUAACCGAGUAAAAGAGAAACAUUCGUUCCCCGUCACUUCCUCGUUCUUGAGCUUGUGAGGAACCCAAACUCUUUUACACGAACGAGCUGUGCGUGGGGAUGAUGUCGUCCUUCUUGGAGUCCAUGCAGGGCACCGACAGCCACGCGUAGUAGAAGGCUGCGCCUCCCAUGACGUGCAUGAGGCCCUUGGCGAGCCCCAACGCCGCGUGGUUCUCGUCGUCUUCGAAGUAGAUCGCGACGACGCCCACCAGCGCGGCGGCAACCAAGCAGCCGACGCCGUAAGUGGCGUUCUGCUUGUUGAGCGGCGAGAUGUUGCUGC